CGAGUUUGCGUUAAUAUUCCUCGCCGCUGUGUGCCUGCGUUGAUAAGAAGAAAUUACACGUUGCAAUUAGUCGCGGCGAGAACUUACCAAAACAAACAAACAGAAAAAAAAAGCGGCUUUAAUUGGAUUUCUGGGCUCCAAGCGCUCGGUGAGCCGGAAUGGCCCGUAGCCUCUCAGCUGCACCGGAGCUCUGCAUGUGGAUAUGAGAUGACAGGCUGCACAUGGUUCUUUCUUUUAACCUCUGGAAAGUUCGCGAUUUGGAGGCCAAAUUCGCAUCUGUGAUCCAUUACGCAUCACAGAUCCGGUGUGGAGUUGAUGGUGCGUUUUUUGGAGUGAUUUCGUGGCGUUAAACUGCGGGGAUGGACGCAGCAAAGAAAGAUGCCCCCCCUGGGGGCGAUGCGGGCAAGUCAGACACCCUGGGGUCAACUGGCUCCGCCAGAAAAAGAGGUGGGGGGGCCAAGAAGGCAAUGCAGGCAAACAAGUCUGCCCUCAGGGCCCCCCGAGCUCUUUGCUGCCUCACUCUAAGCAACCCCAUCCGCAUGGCAGCACUGGCCCUGGUGGAGUGGAAGCCCUUUGAUAUUUUCAUUCUUCUUGCCAUUUUUGCCAACUGCGUGGCCAUGGGCGUCACCAAGCCGUACCCAGACGAUGAUUCCAACGCUACCAAUCACAAACUGGAACAAGUCGAGUAUGUCUUUCUCGUCAUCUUCACCAUCGAGACCUUCACUAAAAUCCUUGCCUACGGCUUAGUCAUGCACCCCAGCGCCUACAUACGCAGCGGAUGGAACUUGCUUGAUUUUGUCAUCGUCAUCGUCGGGUUGUUCAGUGUGAUAGCGGAGGCCAUGACGGAUCACAAGCCGGGAGAGGCUCAUCACGCUGCAGGAAAACCUGGAGGCCUGGAUGUCAAAGCGCUCAGAGCGUUCAGGGUGUUGCGACCGCUUCGACUCGUGUCAGGAGUGCCAAGUUUACAAAUUGUGUUGAACUCCAUCAUGAAGGCCAUGGUCCCCCUCCUCCACAUCGGUAUGCUGGUCAUGUUUGUCAUCAUCAUCUACGCCAUCAUCGGCUUGGAGCUUUUCAUCGGCAGGAUGCACAAGACGUGCUACUUCGCCAGCACAGGUCUCAUGGUGGAGGACGACCCGUCGCCUUGCGCGUUUGCCGGGAACGGCCGCUUCUGUCUCAGCAAUGGGACUGAGUGCAGGGGCAAGUGGGAGGGCCCCAACGGUGGUAUCACAAACUUUGACAACAUUUUCUUUGCCAUGCUGACGGUCUUCCAGUGCAUCACCAUGGAGGGCUGGACAGAUGUACUCUACUGGAUGAAUGACGCCAUUGGCUUCGAGAUUCCGUGGAUCUACUUUGUAUCCCUGGUCAUCUUUGGGUCAUUUUUCAUCAUCAAUCUUGUAUUGGGUGUGUUGAGCGGAGAGUUCUCCAAGGAAAGAGAGAAGGCCGUGGCGCGUGGGGAGCUGCAGAAGGCGCAGGAGAGCAAACAGAUGGAGGAGGACAUGAUCGGCUACAUGGACUGGCUCAUAGAGGCCGAAGAUGUGGACGAAGAAGGGAACAAACGAGCUGCGAUUGCGAAGAAAAAGAUGAUGAAGAAGUUCGGCUGGUACAAACGCAGUGAGGAUGGCGGAGAGUCGGACUCUGAUGACGAUAUCGCAUACCUCGACGACGACAAUGGCUGCUGUGCGUCUCUCAUGGCAAAGAUGAUGGCCAAUAGCUUCUGUGACCAGUUAUGUCAGCUGAACCACACUUUAAGGAAGAACUGUCGUGUUGCGGUCAAGACCACCAACUUCUACUGGUUGGUGCUCCUGUUGGUGUUUCUCAACACUGUGGCCAGCGCCUCUGAACAUUACGGGCAGCCAAAGUGGCUCACAGAAAUGCAAGAGCGAGCCAAUAAGGUCCUGCUGCUGCUGUUCACCCUGGAGAUGUUGAUGAAGAUGUACGCCUUUGGCCUGCAGAUCUAUUUCAUAGCGCUCUUCAACCGCUUCGAUUGUUUCGUGGUGUGCGGCGGCAUUCUUGAGACGCUCCUCGUAGAGAUGGAGGUCAUCCCGCCGAUCGGCAUCUCCGUGCUGCGCUGCAUCCGGCUGCUCAGGAUAUUUAAAAUGACGCGGCACUGGGCUGCCCUUUCUGAUCUGGUCAAUUCACUGCUCAACUCCAUGAAAGCUAUCUGCUCCCUUCUGCUGCUGCUCUUCCUCUUCCUCAUCAUCUUCGCCUUGCUGGGUAUGCAGCUGUUUGGAGGCAAAUUCAACUUCGAUGAAACUCAGAUGAAGAGAAGUACCUUUGACUCAUUCCCUCAGGCUCUGCUCACGUGCUUCCAGAUCCUAACCGGAGAGGACUGGAACGCUGUGAUGUACGACGGCAUUAUGGCAUACGGAGGGCCAAUCUUCCCUAACAUGGUGGUGUGCAUUUACUUCGUCAUCCUCUUUGUCUGUGGUAACUACAUCCUGCUUAACGUCUUCUUGGCUAUCGCCGUGGACAACUUGGCUGGAGGCGGCGGGAAGAAAGAAGUCGAAGAGAAGAAGGAAGAGGAAGAAGAGUGGGACGAGGAUGAAGAGAAAGAGGAUGAAGACGCAGGGAACGACGAGGAUGAUUGGCAGGAGAACGAGGAGCUCAGAGCCAUCGAGGGACUGGAGGGAGUCGCUCCCUUGAAGCCGGAGUUCUCGGGGCCCAAAGAAAAGAUCGUGCCCAUCCCAGAUGGAAGCUCCUUCUUCAUUCUUGGGAAGAAAAACUGUUUGCGAGUCGCCUGCCACAACCUCAUCCAUCACCCCUACUUCACCAACUUCAUCCUCAUCUUCAUCAUCCUCAGCAGUAUAUCACUGGCUGCUGAGGAUCCAAUUAAAUCCCACUCGUUCAGGAAUAUUGUGCUGGGAUAUGCCGAUUAUGUUUUCACUUCAGUUUUCACUGUGGAGAUCGUACUAAAGAUGACAGUCUACGGAGCUUUCCUGCACUCGGGCUCUUUCUGUAGAAACGCCUUCAACCUCCUGGACCUGCUGGUGGUCAGCGUGUCACUCACAUCUUUCUUCCUGCACUCAAGUGCGAUCUCUGUGGUGAAGAUUCUCCGAGUGCUUCGAGUGCUCAGGCCUCUUCGAGCCAUUAACAGAGCCAAAGGACUAAAGAAUGUGGUGCAAUGCGUGUUUGUGGCGAUCCGCACCAUCGGCAACAUCUUGAUUGUCACGACGCUCCUUCAGUUCAUGUUUGCUUGUAUUGGAGUUCAGCUUUUUAAGGGACGGUUUUACAGCUGCACUGAUGAAGCCAAACACACUCCAGAUGAGUGCAAGGGAACAUUUGUGGUCUAUAAAGACGGAGAUAUGAACCACCCCAUGGUCAGAGAGCGCAUUUGGCAAAACAGCGAUUUCAACUUCGACAAUGUGCUGAUGGGCAUGUUGGCUUUAUUCACCGUGUCAACGUUUGAAGGCUGGCCACAGCUUCUGUACCGCGCCGUGGAUGCCAACGCCAUAAACCGAGGUCCUAUUUACAACUACCGAGUGGAAAUCUCCAUCUUUUUCAUCAUCUACAUAAUCAUCAUCGCCUUCUUCAUGAUGAACAUCUUCGUGGGUUUUGUCAUCAUCACGUUUCGGGAGCAAGGAGAGGCCGAGUUCAAAAACUGUGAACUCAACAAAAAUCAACGUCAGUGCGUGUAUUACGCGCUGAAAGCUCAACCUAUUAAGAUUUACAUUCCCAAAAACCCGUCGCAGCUCAAAUUCUGGAGAAUUAUCAACUCCAGCCAGUUUGAGUACAUCAUGUUUGUGCUGAUUCUGGGGAACACCCUCACUCUGGCCGUACAGCAUUACGAGCAGUCAAAGCUAUUCACCUCCAUCAUGGACAUCCUCAACAUGAUCUUCACUGUGGUUUUCACCAUAGAGAUGAUUAUCAAGUUACUGGCUCUGCGGGUUCAUCACUAUUUCAUCGAUCCGUGGAACUCGUUUGACGCCCUCAUCGUCGUUGGCAGCGUGUUGGACAUUGCAGUCUCUGAGUUCAGUGGAGGAGGCGGCCACGGUGAGGGCAGUGGGAAAGAGAGCGGUAAAGUGUCCAUCACGUUCUUCCGUUUAUUCCGAGUGCUGAGGUUGGUUAAAUUGCUCAGCAAAGGAGAGGGCAUUCGAACUCUUCUCUGGACUUUUGUGAAGUCCCUCCAGGCCUUGCCUUAUGUCGGCCUCCUCAUCGCCAUGAUCUUUUUCAUCUACGCCGUCAUUGGUAUGCAGACGUUUGGGAAGGUGGCUGUUGAUGACGACACGCACAUCAACAGAAACUGCAACUUCCAGACUUUCUUCAUGGCCGUUCUGGUACUUUUCAGGUGUGCCACAGGAGAGCAGUGGCAGGAGAUCAUGCUGGCAGCUCUCCCUGGCAGACGCUGUGACCCGGAGGCCGACACUGAGCCCGGUGAAGAGUUCAACUGUGGAAGCAACUUGUCCUACAUCUACUUCAUCAGCUUCUUCAUGCUCUGCGCUUACCUGAUCAUCAACUUGUUCAUUGCCGUCAUCAUGGACAACUUUGAAUAUCUGACGCGAGACUGGACCGUGCUCGGUACUCACCACCUGGACGAGUUCAAGAGAGUUUGGUCCGACUACGAUCCAGAGGCCACCGGUCGUAUAAAACACAUUGACGUAGUCACCAUGCUGCGCAGGAUUCAGCCGCCUCUUGGCUUCGGAAAACUAUGUCCUCAUCGUGUAGCUUGCAAGAGACUGGUCGCUAUGAAUGUCCCACUGCACCCUGAUGGGACAGUCACCUUCAACGCUACUCUGUUUGCUCUCGUGCGAACCUCACUCAAGAUCAAGACUGAAGGCCCCAUCGAUCAGCAGAAUGAAGAGCUGAAGGUGAUCAUUAAGAAGCUCUGGAAGCGCACCAAGCCGAAACUCAUUGAUGAGGUCAUUCCUCCCCCUAGAGGAGACGAGGUGACUUGUGGCAAGUUUUACGCCAGCUUCUUGAUUCAAGACUAUUUCAAAAAGUUCCGGAAGAGAAAAGAAAGAGAGAGGAAAUCCAAAAAGAAGGACAAGGCGGCUUCUCUGCAGCAAGGGCUGCGGACGCUCCAGGACCUGGCUCCAGAGAUGCGUCUGGCGAUGGCCUGUGACCUGGAAGAAGAGGAGGCGGCGGACGGAGAGAUGACAGGCGACGAGAUAUUUGACAGUGAGGCCGGAACGUCUGCGACCAACACUCGAGCCAGCACGCCAAUGCCAACUCUGGACAUGCUGGUAGAGCAGACGGCCGUGUUCGUCGAACCCGAGCCCAAGGUCGCCAACGGGGGGGUGGUCACCGAGCAGGUGACGGGUUUGCAGGAUCACCAAUGGCCGGGAUCGGAGCUGGCAGGUGUCAGCGUUGUGAGAGAGCAGCCAGUGAAGUCCGAACCCCUGCCCACCAGGGUGGACUCCAUCAGUGACCUGCCACCUCCUUCUCCUCUUCCUCCUCCUCCUCCCCCUGAGGUACCGAGUGGAGGGCAGGUCGCAGCUGAGGAGCAUGUGGCUUAUGGCAGCGAAGUAGAUGUUGCAAGUCUAGCAUCAAUGGACAGGUAUGUGUAUCCAGAAGCUGUGUCUCCCGUCCCAACCGAGACAGGCUACAAUGUCCAGAGUUUGGAAACGGCGGGCAGCAUCGGGGAAAUACCUUACGAUGGCCACAAUGCCAACGGCUUUGUCGGCAACGGUUACGGUGACGCCAACAUGAAUGGAAGCAGCGUCGCUCCAAGUCCUACUCCCUACGCAACCGACGGAUACAAUGGAAACGGAUACGCCGGCUACAAUGAGAACGGCAGCAUCAUCAGCAACAACGGCAACGGAAGUGCGAUGAACGGCUUCAAUGAGAAUGGCAGCAUCGUCAGCGGUUACAAUGAGAACGGCUACAACGAAAGUCAGAGCAACGGUUCACACUUCAGGAGGCGGCUACUUCCCAGCAUACCGAAAGGUCAUAAGCCGGCCUUUAACUUCCAGUGUCUGAGGCCACAGAGCAGUGUGGACAACCUCCCCAUCCCAGGAAACUACAACGGGAACACGUCUCCAUCCAGAUCCCGUCUACAGGCCCAGCACAGCCUGGACUCCCGGCCCAGCAGCGUGUCCUCCAUGUCCUCUGCCUCCUGGGUGAACACAACAGCAGCUGGCACCACUCCUGUUCCAGGAAUAAUUGCCCCCACAGGGCGGAGGGGCAAACUCAUCUACACGCCUAUGAUCCUGGUGGACGAAGCCACCGGUGCCAGUCAGCCGCUGUGGAGCGACGGCUCCGCCAGCCUCCCAGCAGGAAGACGUCCAGGCUGGUACCCCGGUCAGACCAAGACCUUCACCAGCGUGAGGAUGCCACCUCCCACCCACCAGGGCUUCAUUAACAAGGGCAGCGCGGACAGCCUGGUCGAGUCGAUCUUGAUCUCUGAGGGUCUCGGCAUGUACGCCAGGGACCCAAAGUUUGUGAGCUUUGCCAAGCGGGAGAUAGCCGAGGCCUGUCACAUGAGCCUGGAUGAAAUGGAGAACGCCGCCGCCGACCUGAUAGCACGCGGAGCCAGUCAGUCGAUUUCUCGCUUCGAGGAGGAACUGGCCGACGAGAUGAACUGUGUGAUUUCUUACUGAGAACUGUGUGUGAGAAGAGGAAAAAUGUGUAAAAGUUGUAAUAUGAAAAAAAGAGAACAGGGACAUGUGUGUUUAUAUGUGUUAUGAGGGUGAAAAAAAGCAAUAUUUUUUGGGGUUUUUUUGUUGAGCACAGUAUGUCUCUGUUUGUAAAUGCCAAAACGCACACACUGACGUUAAGAGCUCAUGUCAGUGUGUGGCAGGACUCAACAAGGUUUCCCUCUGAACUGAUGAACAUGUUGACUUUACGUAGGAGUCCGCUGAAUACAACAGCAAACUGUGGCUCUUAGCAUUAUUAUAUUGAAAGAGCUUCUUUUGUUUUGCAUCGUACUCUCAUUUUGUACUCACUUGAAUUGUUGUGACUUUAUACAUUUGUGUGUCCAGUUGCAAUUAACUGUAAAAUAAGAAUAUAUUGAACCAAUACAUGUAGAUCUAUGAAUCCUCUUUACUUUUACACGGGUCCUGAGACCCAGAGUGUCCAACAGCUAUUUUAGAGACACAACCCUUGUUGAAUAUCUUCUAAGGUGCAAACUUAUUGUAAUAAUAUGGCAGUUCUAUGGCUAACCAAUGUACAUAAAUAAAAUGUUGUGUUUUCUCAAA